GAGUGGGUGGGCUGGGGGAGGCCUGCCAUACUUCAGAGCGGUUGAGGGGAGGCCAGAGGGUGGAGAGCACCCUCUCAUGAUGCCUGUUCUCCUUGACGUCUUUUAGACGGGAGCCGAUCGGGGUUGCCUGCUGUGAGUCUGCGCCUUGGAGGGGGGCAGGCUGCUCGCCGUCCACCUGUGCGAAUUCUGCGGCGGACCACCCCGGGAGAGAAGCAGGGCUGCGGAGCAGCGGGCGCAUUCCUCCAGCGGGAUCCCUGGGCCGCAGCCUCGGCACCACGCCCUCGGCCCGGGCCAGGUGAGUCACACCCUGAAACACAGGCUCUCUUCCUGUCAGGACUGAGUCAGGUAGAGGAGUCGAUAAAACCACCUGAUCAAGGAAAAGGAAGGCAGAGCGGAGCGCAAACCAGCAGCCGCGAGGCGCGGGCGGCGACCCCUGUGCGGCGGACGGAUGCGCGGCCCGGCCAUGCGCGCGCUCUGGCUGUGCGGCUACCUCUGCGUCGCGCUGCUCCUGCCCAACGCCCGGGCCACCUCCAGGAGGGAAGUCUGUGAUUGCAGUGGGAAGUCCAGCCAAUGCGUCUUUGAUCAGGAGCUUCACAGACAGACAGGCAACGGGUUCCGCUGCCUCAACUGCAUUGACAACACCGAUGGCGUUCACUGCGAGAGGUGCAAGGAGGGGUUCUACCGACAGAGAGAGAGGGAUCGCUGCUUACCCUGCAACUGUAACCCCAGAGGUGCUCUCAGCGCUCGAUGUGACAACUCUGGACGGUGCAGCUGUAAACCAGGUGUGACAGGAGACAGGUGUGACCGGUGUCUGCCAGGCUUCCACACACUCACCGAUGCUGGGUGCACCCAGGACCAGAGGCCACUAGACUCCAAGUGUGACUGCGAGCCAGCUGGCAUCUCGGGGCCCUGUGACGAAGGCCGCUGCGUCUGCAAGCCAGCUGUCACCGGAGAGCGCUGUGAUAGGUGUCGACCAGGUUACUAUCACCUGGAUGGGGGAAACCCCGAGGGCUGCACCCAGUGUUUUUGCUAUGGGCAUUCAGCCAACUGCCACAGCUCUGGAGACUACAGUGUCCAUAAAAUCAUCUCUACUUUCCAUCAAGAUGUUGACGGCUGGAAGGCUGUCCAAAGAUAUGGGGCUCCUGCAAAGCUGCAGUGGUCACAACGCCAUCGAGAUGUGUUUAGCUCUGCACGACGAUCAGACCCUGUCUACUUUGUAGCUCCUGCCAAAUUUCUUGGGAAUCAACAGGUGAGCUAUGGGCAAACCCUGUCCUUUGACUACCGUGUGGACAGGGGAGGCAGACACCCAUCUGCUCACGAUGUGAUCCUGGAAGGUGCUGGUCUGCGGGUCACAGCUCCCUUGAUGCCACGUGGCAAGACACUGCCAUGUGGGAUCACCAAGACUUACACGUUCAGGUUAAAUGAACGCCCAAGCAGUAACUGGAGCCCCCAGCUGAGUUACUUUGAGUAUCGGAGGUUACUGCGUAACCUCACGGCCCUGCGGAUCCGAGCUACCUAUGGAGAAUACAGUACUGGGUACCUUGACAACGUGACCCUGGUUUCAGCUCGCCCCGUCUCCGGAGCCCCAGCACCCUGGGUUGAACAAUGCGUAUGUCCCGUUGGGUACAAAGGGCAGUUCUGCCAGGAUUGUGCUUCUGGCUACAAAAGAGAUUCUGCCAGACUGGGACCUUUUGGCACCUGUAUUCCAUGUAACUGCCAAGGGGGAGGAGCCUGCGAUCCAGACACAGGAGAUUGUUAUUCGGGGGAUGAAAAUCUUGACAUCGAAUGUGCCGACUGCCCUAUUGGUUUCUACAAUGAUCCACACGACCCCCGCAGCUGCAAGCCGUGCCCCUGCCGCAACGGGUUCAGCUGCUCCGUGAUGCCCGAGACAGAGGAGGUGGUGUGCAAUAACUGCCCCCACGGGGUCACCGGUGCCCGCUGUGAGCUCUGUGCAGAUGGCUACUUUGGGGACCCAUUUGGGGAACAUGGCCCAGUGAGGCCUUGUCAGCCCUGUCAGUGCAACAACAACGUGGAUCCCAGUGCUUCCGGGAACUGCGACCGCCUGACAGGCAGGUGUCUGAAGUGCAUCCACAACACAGCUGGUGUCCACUGUGACCGGUGCAAAGCAGGCUACUUUGGGGACCCUUUGGCUACCAACCCAGCGGACAAGUGUCGAGCUUGCAACUGCAACCCAAUGGGCUCAGAGCCUGGGGAGUGCCGAAGUGACGGCAGCUGUGUUUGCAAGCCAGGGUAUGGCGGCCUCACCUGUGAGCAUGCAGCAUUAACCAGCUGCCCAGCUUGCUAUAAUCAAGUGAAGAUUCAGAUGGACCAGUUUAGGCAGCAGCUCCAGAGCCUGGAGGCCCUGGUUUCAAGGGCUCAGAGUGGUGGUGGAGCAGUGCCCAGCACGGAGCUGGAAGGCAGGAUGCGACAAGCUGAGCAGACCCUUCAGGACAUUCUGAGAGAAGCCCAGAUCUCAGAAGGUGCUAUUAGAUCUCUCAAUCUCCAGCUGGCCAAGGCAAGGAGUGAAGAGAAAAGCUACCUGAGCCGCCUGGAUGACCUCAAGGGGGCUGUGGAAAGAAUUCGGGCCCUGGGCAGUCAGUAUCAGAACCGAGUUCAAGAUACUCACAGGCUGGUCACACAGAUGCGCCUGAGCCUGGAGGAAAGCGAGGCCUCCCUGAGAAACACUAACAUUCCUCCCUCAGAGCACUACGUGGGGCCAAAUGGUUUUCAAAGCCUGGCUCAGGAGGCCACAAGAUUGGCAGACAGCCAUGUUGGGUCAGCCGGUAACAUGGAGCGGCUGGUAAGGGAAACCGAAGACUAUUCCAAACAAGCGCUGUCGCUGGCACGCAAGGCUCAGCGGGAAGGAGGCGGAAGGGGCACCCUGGAGGGCUCUGCGGUGCAAGGCCUUAUGGGAAAGUUGGAGAAAACCAAGUCCCUAGCCCAGCAGCUGUCCGGGGAGGCCACUCAAGCUGACAUUGAAGCAGACAGGUCUUAUCAGCAUAGCCUUCGCCUUCUCAAUUCCGUAUCUCAGCUUCAGGGAGUCAGUGAUCAGUCUUUUCAGGUAGAAGCGAAAAGGAUCAGACAAAAAGCAGAUUCUCUCUCAGGCCUGGUGACUAGACGUAUGGAGGAGUUCAAGCACAUGCAAAGCAAUCUGAGAAACUGGGAAGAAGAAACCCAGCAGCUCUUACAAAACGGAAAGAAUGGGAGACAGAAAUCAGAUCAGCUGCUUUCCCGUGCCAACCUCGCUAAAAGCAGAGCCCAAGAAGCACUAAGUAUGGGCAAUUCCACUUUUUAUGAAGUUGAGAACAUCUUGAAGAAUCUCAGAGAGUUUGACUUGCAGGUUGAAGACAGAAAAGCAGAAGCUGAAGAGGCCAUGAAGAGACUCUCGUAUAUCAGCCAGAAGGUUGCAAGCGCUAGUGACAAGACUAAACAGGCAGAAGCAGCCCUGGGCGGUGCUGCUGCCGAUGCCCAGAGGGCAAAGACCGCAGCCGGGGAGGCCCUGGAGAUCACGGACAAGAUAGAACAGGAGAUAGGGAGUCUGAACUUGGAAGCCAACGUGACAGCAGAUGGAGCCUUGGCCAUGGAGAAGGGACUGGCCACUCUGAAGAGCGAGAUGAGGGAAGUGGAAGGAGAGCUGGCAAGGAAGGAGCAAGAAUUUGACCUGGAUAUGGACACAGUACAGAUGGUAAUUACAGAAGCCCAAAGAGUUGAUAACAGAGCCAAGAAUGCUGGAGCUACGAUCCAAGACACCCUCAACACGUUGGACAGCAUCUUAGAUCUAAUGGACCAGCCUGGCAGUGUGGAUGAAGAGGGACUGAUCUUACUGGAGCAGAAACUCUUCCGAGCCAAGACUCAGAUCAACAGCCAGCUGCGGCCCUUGGUGUCAGAGCUGGAAGAUCGAGCACGUCGGCAGCAGCGCCACCUUCGUUUGCUGGAGACGAGCAUCGAUGGGAUUCUGGCUGAUGUGAAGAACCUGGAGAACAUCAGGGACAACCUGCCGCCAGGCUGCUAUAAUACACAGGCUCUUGAGCAACAGUGAAUCUGCCAUAGAGAUUUCUCAGCUGAGGUUCUUGCGAUACAGACCUCAGGAGCCAUCUCAUGUGGUUGGGAUGGGAUGGAGACACUUGAGCAUGUUGAAUGGGCAUGCUCAGGUCAACUAAACCUGAUCCCAUCCCUGAGGCCUUGGCCAGAUAAAUGUCUUAUCGCACCAGUGUGACACUACUUGCUUCCUGAUGCUGGGCAGUGAGGCAAAUAGCACUGGGUGUGAGACUGGUCAAGGGCCUGGACCCCAAAGGGUAGACUGGAUGGAAGGGCAAGCUGCAUGGGCAGGUGUUUGCCUUGGGAUAGUCACACACUGAGUCCUGGAGUAUGGACAGUGUAUGGAGUAUGGAGUAUGCUGCUGGGCUAUAGUCAGCUUAUUCUUUGAAUAAUAUGACCAAAAGAGAAAUAUUUUUACUUUGCCCACCCAUACAGUUCUUCCUAAUGUCUGAACAGAGAGUGAAGUCCAGUCACACUGUGGCCAGUGAAAUACUAUUACCUAGUAGUGUCCAACUACAAGCUUCUCAUUGACCAGAGUUCCUCCCACUUACCACCCAGUUUGUCAACGUGUCGUCCACUUUCAAGCUGGGAGCAAUGAGCAGUGGUGGAGUGAGAGGCUGUAAGGCUGGUCCAUUUGGAGCAAUGGUGCCUGUUUGGGUCCUGCCACCUUCAGUUUCUUCUGGGGCCUAGAAGUGCCAUCCUUUCUCCAGUGGCACUUUUUUAUUAAAGCACUUCUGACCAGCAAAGCAAACACUGGGAAAGUAUUUACUUUUGGGUUUCAAAGUGAUAGAAAAAUGUAGCUUGAGCAUUGAAAGAACUACAAUUAUUUAGAAGAUUUGUUAGUCCUAAUUCAAUCCCACUUUUCAAACACUAAAAAUUAUGUGUGUCUACGUGUUUUAUUUUCUCAUUCCCUCUCCCUGUAGCAGAGAAUGUUUCUACUCACACUUGAGCUGGGUAGGCUCCAUCCUUCAUCCUUCCAUCCAUCCAUCCCUCCAUCCAUCCAUCCUUACAACAUAUAUUUAUUGAGCACCUACUGUGUGUCAGGGGCUGGGGUACAGUGGUGACGUAGUCUCUGCCCUCACAGAGUUGAUUGUCUAGUAAGGAAGACAAACAUUAAAAAAUAUAUAUUUAAAAUUACAACUCUUGUUCAUCACAAGUAGUUUUUAUUGCAAUAACCCCCUGGUUGGCAACCUCAUUUCUCAACAGAACAUGUUGCAAGACACUCCCAUGGGGGCACUUGGGUUUGGCAAAGCUGGGAUGGGUCUGGGUUGUGCACACUGCUUUGCAUUCCAGCCAUCACUCCUCCCCUUUCCACAUCUGAUUGCAACAGACUGUUGAGUCAUUAUGACACCCCUGGGAAUUGCUGGAAAAUCCAGAGACACUUCCACCUCGGCUUGGAAGACAUUGGUGCAGCCUUGCCUCUAUAGCUCCUUGGCUUUUCAUGGAUGUGUUUUUAAAUAAAGAACAAUUCUUAGA